AUGAAUAGUGCAAAGAAGCAAACAAUGAUCACGAAUCCAAUGAAACGCAUGAGAAAAAUCGUUAGUAAAAAAAAACGACGUUAUCAACAAGACGGAUUCGAUCUUGAUUUAGCCUACAUUCGUCCCAAUAUGAUUGCGAUGGGUUAUCCAGCUGAUAAUUAUGAAGGUGUCUAUAGAAAUAAUAUUGCUGAUGUUAGUCGAUUUUUAUCAUCAAAACAUGGAGAUAAAUAUUAUAUUUAUAAUUUAUGUGUGGAAAGCGAACGACAAUACGAUGGUGCACGAUUCCAUAAUCAUGUUUGUUCAGAUUUCAGUUUCGAAGAUCACAAUCCUCCGACGAUUAAAAUGAUACUAGCUUUUUGUCAGCAUGUUUCAGCACAAUUGAGAGACAUGGCUGAUCGAACGAUUGUCAUACAUUGCAAAGCGGGCAAAGGUCGAACGGGCGUGAUGACGUGUUGUUUUCUAUUGUAUUAUUACCAACAAGAGUAUAAUGAUCCAUUGCAAACGUUAAGAUUUUACGCACAACAAAGAACAUCGAAUGAAAAAGGUGUUACCAUACCUAGUCAACGUCGUUAUGUUGAAUACUUGGGCCAUUUAUUAAAUAGUCAAGUGACUUACACACCGAAACAAAUCCUCUUCACCGGUUUACUAAUAACAUAUGAUCUCAAUCAAAUGAAUCAUACAAGUCUUUCCUAUACAGUACGAUUAGUAUCACCUGACCGUCGUAUUCAAUACAAGUCAUUCGAAGUAUCUCUUGAACGUGAUUUGACCAUACGUCGAGAUUUACCAGCCGACUAUUCUGUAUUGGAAGCCACACACAAACAUUUCAUACCUCCAUCGAAUUCUGAAUGUCGAAUUCUAUUGGAAGAAGACGUCCUGAUUGAAAUUUAUCUAACGAAAACACGACGAGCAAAACCUGAAAAAUUAUGUCACUUUUGGUUCAAUACUUUCUUCCUUGUCGACUCGAAACUGCGAACAAUUCUAAGCGACAAUAGCGACAAACAACCGGAAAGUAAUCUGGGAAUACUUAAAUCAUGUUUAAUACCAAAUUAUGGUCACACACAUUUAUAUACAAUGAUCAAAAAAGAUAUUGAUGGUCUACAUAAAGAUAAAUUACAUCGUUUAGCACCACCAUCAUUUUCUGUAUCUGUUCUAUUCGAUUAUCUACCAUCGUCAUCUUCCUUUUCAUCGCCGACCGUUCAACCGGAUCCAAGUUGUCCUCUCUCGGAGAAAUUACCUCAUGUCGAUUUGAAACUAAUCGAAUCGAACAGCAAUUCAUCACUGAUUAUCGGCCCAUCGGAUAAGCUGAUUGAUCAAGAUGAAUUGAAACCAAAUAAUCCAAUAAAUGAAAAAAUAACGAAAAUCAAUGGAAGUCGUCGGACGGAAAGAUCUGCAUCAACGAGUCGUCGUUCAUUUGCUUUAUAUUCCAAUGGUAUGUCCGAUUGGGAUAGUACAGAUUCUGAAUCAGGACCAAAUGAAAGCAAUCCUAAUGAUGAACCUGAUAUAUCAUGA